GGAAUAAUCCUGACAGCUGCCAUUAGGAAAGAGAGACUCGCUGAGCUGAUCAUACCAAAAGUUUCUACAAAAUGUUUCUAAAACUUUUAACCGUUCUUGUUGUUGGUCAUCUGCCAGGUUUCUACUGUACGGUGACCACCAGUGGCGAUCUGACUGUACUUGAGGGUCAGUCUGUCACCGUUCCCUGCCAUUACAACCCACAGUACACCAGUCAUGUAAAGUACUGGUGCCAAGGCCGGAUGAGAGAGUUCUGUACCAACCUGGCUCGCACCGAUGACCAUGAAUCUGCCCCGAAUGGGAUGGGACAGGUGACGAUCGCUGAUGACCCCACUCAACAUGUUUUCACCGUGACUAUGCAGAAUCUGAUGAAAGGGGAUUCAGGGUGGUACUGGUGUGGUGUGGAGGUCGGGGGAAUGUGGAUUUCUGACAGCACAGCCUCUCUUUAUAUCAGUGUCGUUCAGGGUCAGUGUGUCAGUGCGGUGAGUGCAGAUGAAGGAGACAGAAUCAGUGUUCAUUGUAACUACAGUCAAAACCUCAGGUCCAGUGUUAAAACAUGGUGUCGCAGUGGUAAAAACGAGGUGAAUGGGGUGGGCGGCUCGGGAUUGGAGGCUUCAGACGAGGACCCCCAGGAUUCCCGUCUACCCCGCUUGCCAGUGAGGCUGGAGGACGAUGAAGAGGGUGCAGGAGGUGUGGAGAGGCCCACGACCCCGAUUUGUAGGAGUCUUUACAGACCGGUUUUGUUUCAAUUUGUGCUGAAAUAUUAUUCUGACAUGUGUUUCAGUCACCGUCUUUUGGAGUCCCCGUGGAUUGUGUGUGGGAUUGUGUUGUGUUGUGUUGUGAUAAUCGCGUUUCUGGCAAUUUGGAGAUUUCGUCAACAGUGUAAGAAGAAACACAGACAUCAAGAGACUGAAUCAAGUGAAUUGAAUGACAAACUCGCAAUGUGUCCAUGGAAAGAAGAUGACUACAAGAACACUUCGGUCAUUUUCCUGAACACUCCAGCUCAUCAGGUUCACGUGGUUUGAUAGAGAUCACAUGAGAAGUCCAUCAUUACAAGAAGCACAAAAAACACUUGACCACUUAGAGGACGUUUUUAUAUAUACAUCAUAUACUGGGUAUGACCCAGUGUGGCAAGUGUGAUGACUUUAUUUGACUUUAUAUAACCAAAAACAUACUUUUUAACUUAAUCUCCCCAUGCAUUUGCAAUUCUUUGUAAUUCUAAAAUUAAAUUUGAACAACAUAAAUUAUUUAAAAAAUAUGUUUAGAUAUAUUAAGUGUCAGUUAGAGAUGAUGAGUUGUGUGCAGUGUAGAGAUCAUUUUCCAUUUUAAAGCAGCUGUCAUGUUAUGCAUUUCUUGUCUGUCAGAAUGUGUGAAUACUGUGUGAAUCCUAACAAACACUAACACAACGUUUUAACACUAUGUAGUGGCUUAGUCUUUGUACAACAAUAAAUAACAGCUUAGUUUGCGUUCACUUUCUCACAUCACAUAAAACAGUCAAAUAAAGUAUAGGAAUCAAAGGAUA